GUAUAUUUGAAAGACAAUGGCUUCUCUAGCUGCUGUGUUUGCUGUGGUCUCUCUUCUUGGAUUGUUUUCCACUGUGUUUGCUACUAAUAUAGUGAGGUGCAAUACUACUGCUGAUUGCACACAAGCGGGGCUAACUGGAUUCACAUGUAACAAUGGAAUAUGUCAAAACAACACUGGAUGCUUUCCAGGUGAUGCAAUGGUUCAUAUGUACAGUGGAGAAAUGAAGACCAUGAAGGAACUUAAGAUUGGAGAUAAGGUUGCUGUUGGGAAGAAUUCAUUUUCGGAUAUCUACGCAUUUGGUCACAAGGAUCUAGAUGUUGUCUCUGAAUUCGUGCAAGUCAAGACCGAAGCCAACACCUUGGAGCUUACAGCCGGUCACUUUGUCCCAGUUAACACCAAAGGAGAGAUAAUUUACAAGCGAGCUGCUGAUCUCAAAGUUGGCGAUAGCCUGUCCACAAUCUCUGGAGCCUCACCAAUCACAGAGAUCUCAAAGGUUGGCAAACUGGGACUCUACAACCCCUUGACACUGUCAGGCGAAAUUCUUGUCAAUAACGUAGUGGCCUCUGUUCACAGCGAAUGGUUCUUAGAUUCUCUGUUCGAUGCCCUUGGUGCAAGCGAAUACCUCCCAUAUGCAUACCAGUCCCUGCUCGCUCCAGUUCGUGCUCUUUACAACAUCGCUGGAAGCAAGCUCUACUCGGCUGGAUACUCCAUGCUCGAUUCUUGCGUAAAUGUGGCAGACUCUGGCACCAAGUAUGGAGCCACCAUUGUGGUCACCAUUGGUCUUGGAGCUCUAGCCUUUGCAGCUCGCUCCAUUUAGAGCCGCCAAAUUUUUUUAUGAAGAAUA